AUGGGCGCCCCAGCGGGGGCCAAGUGGACAGAGAGCGAGAUCGAGAUGCUGCGGGCGGCCGUGACGCGCUUCGGCGACGACCUCAACCGGCUCAGUGCCGUCAUCAAGGAGCGCACGGUGGCCCAAAUCAAGGCUACAGCCAAGCGCAAAGCCUACGAGGACAGCGGGGUGCCGCUGCCAGCUGACUCCCCCAAAAAGGGGCCCAAGAAGGGGGGGCACAGUGGGGUGCCCCCUGCCCCUGACGCCCCCCCUGCCAAGAAGCAGAAGGCCUCAGACGUGACGCUGAGCGCCCUGAACGAUGCGGACGCCAGCAGCGACCUGGUUGACAUCGAGGGACUCGAUCCUCCCUACAGCCUGACCUUGGACCCUGGGCUGCUCAUGACCUCCGGUGACCUGCCCCUGCUGUCGCGCUGACCCUGGCCAGCCAGACCACCGGACACCACCCUGAGCGUGAGGGGGCAGGACACUGGGGGUGUCCAUCCCAACCCCCCCAGCCCCGUCACUUGUUUUGAGGGCACGGGGCUUGGGGCGGAGUGUGACGGUGAAUAAAGGGCCUUCCCCUCUAUU